UUUUCCUGUUAAGGAUUCUCGGUUAGUUGCAGAUGAAUUUGAUGAGGAAAAUGUUUGUGUGUAAGAGAGAUUUGAGUACCUUGGUUGUUAUUGUGGCUUCUUUGGUGUACUUUGGAGCUGUGAGCAGCCAACCGAUCCGUGACCAUCGUUUUACCUAUGUUGGAUUCAAUGAAAGGGAGCACAACCAACAAUUCACCUUCACACCAAGUUCUUCCAUCGAUGGUGGGGCACUGCAGUUAACUCCUGACUCGCAGAACGAGGUUGUUAGGCUUCAAAAUACAUCUGGCCGCAUUAUGUACCGUGAGCCGUUCAAAUUAUGGCUAGCUGAUAUUGAUAAAAAGGAGAAAAAUUACAUUGUUGCUUCAUUCAGCUCAUACUUUUACAUCAAUAUUUUCAGAAGGGAAGAAUGGAAUGCUGGCGAGGGACUUACUUUUCUUAUAGCUCCAACCACUGAUGUACCUGAACAGAGCUGGGGGCAGUGGAUGGGCCUCACCAACAUAACCACCGACGGCGACCACAGAAACCAAAUUGUAGCCAUCGAAUUCGAUACUGAGAAGCAGGAUUUUGACCCCGACAACAACCAUAUCGGUCUGAACAUCAACUCCAUUAAAUCGACGAAGACUGUUUCUCUGGAUAAAGCUGGCAUAGUUUUAUCCCCAAAGACCGGAACUAACCACAGUAUAUGGGUUGAUUACGAUGGAAAAGCCAAACUUUUGCAGGUUUACAUGUCCAUAAACAAAGAUCCAAAACCUGAUAAGCCUCUUCUCAAUGAAACGAUAAACCUGAAAGAUUUUGUGAAACAAGAAUCAUACAUUGGAUUUUCUGCUUCUACAGGAAGCCCAGAAAUUCAGUUGAACUGUGUCUUGGAAUGGACACUCAAUUUGGAACGUCUGCCAGAGAAGAAAGAUCUAACAUGGUUGAAGAUCCUUGCAGGGGUUGGAAUUCCUAUACUAACAAUCACAAUUCUGGUUGGGGUUUGGAUGUUUGUUGGUUAUAGGAAGAAGAGGAGAGAGAACAGGGAUGUGGAGUCAAAUGUUCAGGGCACACUGAAGAGGUUGCCUGGAAUGCCCAGAGAGUUCAAGUACAAGGAACUAAAAAGAGCGACGCAUAACUUCCAUGAAAGCAUGGUUCUAGGAAAUGGAGGAUUUGGGGUUGUGUACAAAGGGGUUCUUCAGGACAAGGAUAGGGACAUUACCGCAUCUUCAAAUUCUGUUUCCAGGCUUGAAAUUGCCGUCAAGAAAUUCUCCAGGGACAGCAUUAAGAGCAAAAGUGAUUUUCUGGAUGAGCUCACCAUUAUUCACCGUCUUCGCCACAGAAACCUUGUCCGCUUAGAAGGAUGGUGCUAUGAGAAAGGGAAGCUUUUAUUAGUAUAUGACUUCAUGCCUAAUGGAAGCCUUGAGAAUCACCUAUAUGACGUUGAUGACGAGAAUGUUCUCAACUGGAGACAUCGCUAUAAAAUUCUUGUAGGAGUUGCAUCUGCGUUGCAUUACCUGCAUAAUGAGUAUGACCAGAAAGUAUUGCACCGAGAUAUCAAAUCAAGCAAUAUCUUGCUUGAUUCUGACUUCAAUGCUCGUCUAGGGGAUUUCGGCCUUGCUAGAGCCUUGGAUCCUGAAAGGAACUCUUAUGCAGACCUGCAGUGUGGUGGAGUUGCAGGCACAAUGGGUUAUGUUGCUCCCGAAUGCUUCCAUGAAGGAAGGGCUACUCCUGAAUCUGAUGUAUAUGGUUUCGGGGCAGUGGUGCUUGAGAUCGUUUGUGGCAGGAGACCAGGAACUAUUGUUGAAGACGAGCAAAAUCAGUAUAGCCUAAUUGAUUGGGUGUGGAAGGUACACCGCGAAGGACGCAUUGAAAGAGCUGUCGAUAACCAGCUGGGUAAUGAUAUUGUGGUUGAUGAAGCUAGAAGGCUUCUACUACUUGGGUUGGCAUGUUCACAUCCGAUAGCAAGUGAAAGGCCACAAACUCAGGCUAUAAUCCAGAUUUUAAAUGGAGCUUUGCUUGCGCCUCAAGUACCUCCAUUCAAGCCAGUCUUCAUGUGGCCUCCCACGAGCAGUUCUUCUACCAGUUCUAUUCUCACUUCAUUGUCAAACACGAAUAACUCUCUUCCAUGAAGUUUUCGCCAUAGGUAGUCCUUUGCUUCGGUCUCCGCAACUUACCUGAAAACCAUGUAGCACAACAUCAAAUUGGUGUAGAAGAUAUCAUUUGUUUAUUAUUGUUAUGAUUCUCACUUUGACAUAUGUGGGGAUAGAAUAUGUACACCUGGGCUCAAUCUCCCAAUCAUCCUGAGAGGCCCUUCAGGUUGCUUCUGCACAAUGCCCAAUGCCCAAUGCACAACGCACUUGUAUGUAUGAAACUUCAAUUUUUUUUUUUUCUUUUUCUUCUUUGCCUACAGAGUAUCAUCAUCAAAUCAUCCUAUUCACCGUGCUGCCAGACAACCCUACCCAAUGUACCAUUAUUUUUGCUUCACAGAUACAAUUGACAUGUCUUUGUUUUAUUUAUAAAUCAAAGAGCAUUUAAGAACUGCCUAGAUUACAUAUUAUAGAAAAUUCAAGUCCAAGUUUUAAGUUA